GCAAUUAUUAUCUUGAGAGAAAAUAUAUUGAAUAUGUGCACAAGAAACUUAGAAUAUAUUCUCAAAAUAAUGUCAAAACGUGCCAAAGUGGAUUGCACGUCAAGAGUAGUGCCCUCCCUCUCCUAGUCAAAGCUCUCCUACUACUUAUGUAUAGCUUCUUUGGAAGUGGUUCUCAUCUUUAACUUAUUUUGGUGUGUCUGAGAGAGAGAGAGAGAGAGAUGGGAGCUUUGGUUUUGGCAAUAUUUACAGCAUCACUUCUAGUGAGUUGUACCAAUUUAGCUUUGGCAGUGAAUGAACCCAAAGUCAUACAUGUAGGUGGAAAAGUACUGUGCCAGGAUUGCACCCAAGAAUGGAACGAAUGGGUUCAUGGUUGCAAACCAAUCAAAGGUGGUAAGGUAUCAAUAACAUGCAUGGAUGAUAGGAGUAGAGUUGUGUAUUAUGGAAGUGAUGCGACCGACGAGUUAGGCCAAUUCGACAUCAUUGUGAACAAGUACAUAAACGGGAAGGAACUCAAAGCUAAGCUAUGCUCAGUGAGACUUGUUUCCUCCCCAGACUCGACUUGCAACAUUCUCACGGACUUUGCUGGUGGAAAGAGAGGAGUGAAACUCAACCUACCAAGUUUGGUGUACCGUGAUCAGAUUAAAUAUACUCUAGGCCCAUUCUACUUCACAAAACCCUUGUGUGAUGAACCCAAUACCACUGAUUCUGAUGACACCCAUGGAGGCCACUAUUGAUGUUUCUGAACUGAAACAUAUUGUUCUUUCUCUUCUAUUUUGUUGUGUUUUUCUUUCUUUCUCAAAGUCUUGUACAUCUUCUACUCCCUUGUGAGUUGAGAGGACUUUUGUUUUGAAGUGAUGUAAUAGUUACCACAAAAUUGACUAUAAAUUAAUUUAAUAGUUUUUUUUUUCUUAAAAAUAUAAAA